AUGGAGCCCCCAGGCAAGCAGCCCCUGCGGGAGCUUCCCCCAGAAGAUCCCCCUGAGGACUCGGGUGCCGAGGCAGCUCCCAGCAGGCAUGUCCUCUACGUGGGCCACCUGAACCCCCAGUUCUCCGUGCCGGUCCUCACCUGCCUGCUGAGAGACGCCCUGGAGCAGCUCGAGCUGCCUGUGGCGCGAGAGCACAUCGAGGUCGUGCGGCAGCCACGCCAGGCCUACGCGCUGGUGCAGGUGGCCACCCCCAAGGACACCCUGGCCUCCCUGACCCGGCGCCUGCACACGGCCUGGGGGCAGCACCAGAUCAUCAAGGAACUGGUGGCCCGCGGGAAGGAGCUGGUGCUAGGUGAUGGCCGGGAGCCUUCAAACCGCCGAGAGCAGGAGGAGGACUGUGGCCCCAGCCCCGGCCCGGUUCUGGGCUCCAGCCCUCAGCGAGCCAGGCCGGCCCAAGCCCUUCCUACCCGGGCACUGGGCCCGCAACGAGUCUCCCCCAGCUGGCCCAGCGGCACGCGCUCAGACAGCGCCAUCACGCACCAGGGCAUCCUGGGCCAGGAGCGCCUGUUCCAGGGCGCCUUUCUGGGCAACGAGACGCGCAACCUGGAGUUCAAGCGCGGCGGCGGCGAGUACCUGAGCCAGGCCUUCAAGCACCAUCUGCGGCGCUACGUGUGCGCCUUCCUCAACAGUGAGGGCGGCAGCCUGCUGGUGGGCGUGGAGGACAGCGGCCUGGUGCAGGGCAUCCGCUGCAGCCACCGCGACGAGGAUCGCGUGCGCCUGCUGGUGGACUCCGUCCUGCAGGGCUUCAAGCCCCAGGUCUUCCCUGACGCCUACAAGCUCACCUUCAUCCCCGUGGUCAGCGGCUCCACCACGGGCACCCCCCUCAAGGUGAUCCGCCUGAGCGUGCAGGCCCCCAAGGCCCAGGCCGAGCCGCAGCUCUACGAGACCGACCAGGGGGACGUGUUCCUGCGGCGGGACGGGAGCAUUCAGGGCCCGCUGUCCGUCCGCGCCAUCCAGGAGUGGUGCAGGCAGAAGUGGAUGGCCGAGCUGAGCAAGCUGGAGGACAGGCUGCAGGUGCUGACAGCCGAGAAGGAACAGCUCCAGCAGCAACUGCAGCAGCAGCAGCACAGGCCUGUCUCCUGCACCUGCUGCGUCUUGUGA